AUGACCAAAUACAAACUGAACAACUCGGUUCGAUCCUCCUCCGAAGUGACCCUCACGUCCUACAUGACAGGCAGCACUGACAGCGAAAGGAAAGAUGACAGGAGUUACCAAAUACCGCUGGACACCAAUGAGAACGAUGAUGUAUCAGAAUCGAAUCACAAUUUAGAAGAUAAAUGCCAUGUUUGUCCGAACUCCUGCGAGUUUCUUCAGGAACCGGGGAAGAUAGCUGCGUCUUUGGCAAAGCGGUACGACAAAUAUAGUUUAAACGAGUUGAAAGUGGAAAAUUUGGGUCGAGAUGCGUGUCUUUGUGAGAAGUACAAUGGGGGAUGUAAACUGUGUCCGCGACCGAGCCUCGCCCCCACUCUGACGCUGAGCUACGACGGUAGCCACGGGAAGGACCACUGCUACACUUGCCAAGGUGCAUCGUGCGGUACCCCCAAUCCAGUCCAAACCUCGCAGGAGGUGCCCGUAGAAAACUAUUCCCUUCGAGCUUCAUGCUCAAUCCCUAGGCAGGACCUUGAGUUCGCCUCCCCGCCCGAUGACGCCGUCAAAGCUAGUAGGACCAACAGCAACAACAUAUUCACAAAAAAAACUAACAGACAAAAAAAAAUUAUUUAUCUACCUGGUCGGUCUAACAGA